AUGUACAAAUCAUUAUUAUCUAGAACAUCAUCAUUGGUGUCUAAACAAGCUACUAUGAUCACAAGAGCUGGUCAUAGAAAGCCAAUCACUUUCCCAGGUGGAAAGUAUGACGGUGAAUUAAAUGAAAGAUUCGAUGAACACCCAGAUAUGAUGACUCCAGAUGAAGAUGCAUGGGCUGAUAAGAACGUAACUCCAAGUGGAGCUUUGGCAUAUUUUGGUGGUUUUGCUGCAUUCUUGUUUGGUGUUGGUUUAACUUGUUAUAUGUUUGGUUCACCAUUACAUAAGGAAGUUGUCGAAAGAGAUAUGCCAUUCAAUCAAUUAUAUUUGGAAUAUGGAGGUGAUCCAAACAAGGUUGAUACAUUAGAUGAAAAGGCAUGGAGAGUAAGAAUGGGCGAUAGACAAGCUAUUUUCCGUCAAAGACAUAGCAUUUAA